AUGGCCGACGGGAUGCACAAUAAGGCUAUACGCUUCACCAUGGACAAUAGGUUUCAGGGAGUGGGCAAAGUUCCGAAUCCGAAUGCUGGGCUUCCGCACUUCACCACUGCCUCGGAGGUCGCGACGAUGGACUUCGGAUGCAUAUCUUUCUUGCCUUGUCGUGGCUAUUUUACGAGAGUGUUCACAUUAGAAGAGAUGAGGAACCGUCCUCGGUACCCCGGUGCCCAAAGUUCUGGCGUGGAGUUCUUCGACCGACAAUCCGGUGGCGGCGGAGCACAUCCUAAUGGGGAAUGCACGCGGCGUGCCAUUGAGUAG